AUGCUGUUGCUGCGACGUGUGGGAUCGCGUUGCAGUACUCGAGAGGCUUUUGUUGACUUGAGAGCACUUGCAGCAACACGGACACAAUCGAAGACGUCGUCGCUGUCCGUCUGCACGCAUCACUUACAGCGAAAAGGUCUCGCAACGUCGUCUCCCACAGCUCUGCAAGGGCUGAAUGUCGACACAUUUGACCUGCCGCCACUUCCGACGGCAGAUGAAGUCGACGCUACGAUUGCAGCCGCAGAAGCUACAGCUCAGCGCCAGCAGAUGGCGAAAAAGGUCCAACAUAUGCCGAUACGAGCUGUCCACAUUGCUCGAAAAAUGGACAUUGCCAACCUCUUUCGGAAGCUGUAUACGGACAAGUUCAAAGUCACUCACUAUUUGCACCGGGACUCGAUUGUGCUUCGACUGAACGGUAGUAACAACAACAACGUUCAUGAUGGACUCGUCACGGGUGUGACGCGUCCGACUGUACAAGAUCCAUGCAACACGGGUAAUGUUGACGCAGCGUCGAUGCUGAGCAUUGGAUCCGGAGGCAAAACUGUCACGUCUCGACGUGGCACUGAUAAGUGGGUGGUGUAUUUCGACUAUGGAGCUGUUGUGUUUUUCAACUGUGAUCAAGCACUAGUGAGCACGUUGAUUAAACACGCCACGCGCUUCUGUAGCGACGUGUUUGAGAUGCGCGGACACGAGGAAGAGAUGCUGCUUGUUGGCGACCCAUCACAGAAGAAGUGGAGCACAUUGGUAGAAAACAACGUGCUGGUGCGUGAGAUUGACCAUAUCAACGUGCACGUGAUUGCUGGAGUGCUCUCACAGACGGUGGCUCUAGAGUUUUACGAGCGCCAGUGCGAGACCAUUUUGCGUGAGUUUGAGAAGCUCAACACGGACGUGGAAAAGAAUGGCCCCCGAGGUGCUCUAUUUGGCCGUGAAAACGAACAGACGAAGAGUCUCUUCAAGAUUGUGGCGUCAAAUAACACACUGCUGAUCGACCUGGUGAGCAAGCUGCGCGUGAUUGACCGUAAAAGGCCUGGCGAUCCAGCUUGGAGUCAAACAAGAUACCACAAUAUGUGGGAGUCUCUGCUCGAAGAGUUCGAGCUGAACGAGCGCUUCCAGAAUCUUAAUUUUAAGCUGGAGCUGAUCCAGCACAAUACCAAGUUUUUCUUGGAGGUGCUGCACUCGCAUAAGGGCGAACGACUCGAGUGGUACAUUAUCAUCCUCAUUUCCGUUGAGCUGGGUAUCGGUGUGUACGAGCUCCUUAUGAAGCUGGCUUGA